AUGCUUCACUCCGCCAACCAGGAGGCAACUGGAACCGGAACGGCAGAAGCGAGCAAGGAGGGGAGCAAGGACACAAUCCAGUCGUCUUUCAAUCCGGUUAGUCCCAGCGAGGUGAGUCCCAGGGAUGAGGCAGGGGAGACAGGAGACAAGGAAAUCAGGUGGACCAGCGAGGAGAAUCAGACAAAUCUGACUGUGGUCACAGAGUUUCUCCUCUUAGGAUUUCAAGGCAACCAAUUUUUGAGAAAUCUUCUAUUUCUUCUAUUCCUUGUUGUUUUUAUUGCCACAAUAUGUGGGAACCUCCUGAUCAUCAUCCUGGUGUCCACCACCAAGAACCUCCACACCCCAAUGUACUUCUUCAUCUCACAACUGUCCAUCAGUGACAUCUUAUUAUCCACAAAUAUUGUCCCCAACCUGCUCCACAUCCUACUUAAUAAUGGAGGAACCGUCAGUUUUAUUGGUUGUAUGACUCAGUUUUAUUUUUUUGAUUGCACUGAAGGACUAGAGUGUUUUCUUCUCGCCGUGAUGUCUUAUGACAGAUAUGUGGCCAUCUGUAAUCCCCUCCGUUACUCCUCUGUCAUGACGAAUAGAUUUUGUGUUACAUCAAUCAUUAUUAGUUGGUUGAUGGGUAAUGUUAUUUCAUUCAUUGUUACGAUAACAUCAUCAAAACUAAACUUUUGUGGGUCAAAUAUCAUCAACCAUUUUUUCUGUGAACUUAUCCCCUUAAUAGACCUGUCCUGUUCUGACACCUUCUCUGUUCACUUGGAGAUUUUUGUUUUGGGAGUUCCAUCUAUAAUGGUCCCAACUUCAAUCAUUGUAAUGUCUUAUACUCACAUUGUGAUAUCAGUCUUAAGGAUCCCAUCCAGUACUGGUAGACAGAAAGCCUUCUCCACCUGUAGCUCCCACCUCAUUGUGGUCUCCAUUUUUUACUGGACUAUGUUUAGUGUUUAUGUUUUCCCUAAGAGAGAAGAAACUUGGGUCAGUAGUAAAAUCCUCUCUCUGCUGUAUACUGUAUUUACUCCAUUUAUUAACCCCAUUAUAUACAGUCUGAGGAAUAAAGACAUUAAGAAAGUCAUACAGGAAACAUUACAUAAACACAUUGUCACGACUAUGACUGAUCCAGACAGGCGGCGCAUGCGUGUGCGGGAUGACAUCAUCUUGAGGUGCGGUGACAGGCUGCAGGCUAACCUGGAAGAGCUGUGCGCCCUAACCUCAGACCGCGGCAUGGAGUAG